AUGGCGAUGGCGACGCGCGUGCGCGCGAUGGAGACGGCGACGACGACGCAGAGGGAUGAUCUCGCGGUCGUCCUCGUGGAGCCGCGAAUUCCUGGGAACACCGGGUGCGUGGCGCGGUCGUGCGCGGCGGCGCGGGUGCCGCUGCACCUGGUGGACCCGUUGUUCGAGCUGGACGACGCGCGGUUGAAGCGCGCGGGGUUGGAUUACUGGAAAUCGGUGUGCGUCAGGGUGCAUCCGUCGUGGGAAGCGUUUUAUGCGUACUGGAGGGGGGUGGAGACGACGGAGAAGCGUUUGGUUGGGUUUUCGAAACUCGGCGCGCGACCGCACGCGGAGACGGGCGCGUACCGACGGGGGGACUGGUUGUUAUUCGGAUCGGAGGAUAAAGGGUUGAGAGAGGAUGCCAUGGAAGCGUGUCGACAGAGCGGCGGGAUUCGUCGAAUUCCGAUCGACGAGACGCACGUGAGAAGCUUGAACCUGAGCGUCUCCGCGGGUAUAGGCAUUUACGAGGCGCUUCGACAGCUCGACGGUCCGCCGGUUUGA